UACCGGGAAAAGAAUGUUCCAGAAGUCCGCGUCCUGCCCCAGGGGCGGCUGUUGGCCGCUCUACAAGGCCGGACCCAGAGCCACACCGUCUUGGUUGUGUGGUUCUUUACUGUGUGGACAGUGUCUCCUCAGGCCUGUAGAGACCAACGGAGCAGCGGGGACGGCUGGCCUGACCGCGAGGCAGAUAAAGGCUUAGCACAAGUCUUCACUGCACCACUGAAGCUGAGGCGAGAGAUGUGCACACCAGGGUCAUCUUCUGUACACACACGGACGCUCCUCUCUGGGGAAGAUCGAACAGUGAUGACUUAGAGUGGGGACAUGGCAGACAAAGGAGGACUCACCCCCACACCCCAUCUCCCUCUCAGGACCAAGCACUGAACCCCAGCUGCGGCCCCUCUCCCCUCCACACCCCGGUCUCCCAACACGGCUGGCCAGAGCACCCCACGCUCAGGUUGAAAGGGAUCUUUGCAGCCUGGGCGCCCCUGCAUUCCCGACAGAUAAUGAUGCCGAUGCCCUGCGGUGAGGCUCAGGGCCACGUGCGAUGGGUAGAUCAUGACCUGGACCGCGGCUCCACAGCUUCCCACCGCCAUGGGGAGGGUCCUCGUGCUGGAAUUGACAGAACUCACCGCAAAGGGGAUCCCGCCCGGCACACUCAGGCACGGAUGGAACCAGGGCUCCAGCAGUGUCAUCAGAGUGAGGGACUCUGGCAGAACUUCUAGAACGCCAGCUUGAGAUGGGCUUACAGCAGCCCCAGUGUUCUCUGUCCAGAUGCAGUGAGAACAUCCCAUGGUAACAGGGGUCUCCCUAGGUGGAGAAGGUGCCCAGACUGGCUGCUGGGUGGUACCCUCUUGUUGCUGCUGGGAGAACCCAGUGUAGCAGGAAGCUGAGAGCACAAAGGCUGAGCCUACAGGGCACUCAGACUCUCACCCACCUCCACGGACAUCUGAGGCUUCACCUUCCUUGUGUUCUUCCGUACCUUUGAGGCUCCCCCAACCUGGGUCCACCGGGCAUCCCUUCUGGACCCUCAGGGUCCGAUGACUGCUCUGUGCCCAGUGCUGCGCAUUAGCCCCACUGGAAAACUGACUUAUUCCCAUGACUUGGAGUCAGUUUCACCGGCCAAAAAUAAUGAAAUUGCUGAGUGGAGGUGUCAUGGGUCACUUCUAUCCCAGAGUGUUUGAUUUUCAGGGUGAACCCUUCCUCCCUCUGGCAUGGUGACUGGAAGCAACAGCCUGGGACCCGGGGAGACUGUGGUGAGCGGAGCACCUUCCAGAAUACCUUUGUGGGGCCAGUCUAGUCCGUGGGUCCUGAAACUGGGAGGACCUUGCCCCACUGGCCAGAGACCAGGCGGGAGGAGGAGGGCAGAUGUGUAGCUGAGAGGAUCUCUGAAGUCGGAGCAGGGGGCCCUGAGCCAAGACACUCACACGGCCCCUCCGAGUGGAAGGGCCCUCGGCUGACAGCCAGAAGGAAACAGGGAAGCAGUCCUACAACCGCAGGAAUUCUGCCAACAGCCCGAAUGAACAAGGAAGCGAUCCUGCCCCAGAGCCUCAGAAAGAAAGUCAGCCAGGUGAGACAGUGGUUUUUGCCCAGCGAGCCCCAUGUCCCACGGCUCCCCUGCACAGCUGCGGGACAAAUUUGUGUCUGAGCCACGGACGUGGUGGUGAUUGGUUAGGUUGGCAGUAGGAGACAAAGGAGAUGAUUCCGGUUCUGCAAGGCGCAGACAGAGACUGAGGCCAGGUGUGUGCGCACGGUACUUGGGUGGCUCUCACUCGGGGACAGGAGACAGACCGAAGAGGAGGUAAGAAGGACAGGUCCACUGCCCAGGAGAGACGGUCUCCAGCAUCCCCAUCUAAUGAGGUUGGGACGCGCUGAGUCAGCCCAGACCACCAGGUGAGGACACCUUUUCUGAGCGCCCACGCUGCCCUCUGCUUAGCAAACAGAACGAAGCACCAACAGAUCAACCCCGUACAAAUGGGGAGAAAAGAAACAGAUUUGGAAACUGUGGGAUGUGCGCAAGCUACUGUAUUUUCUAAAAGGAUCUCAUCUCAGUGCUGCUUCUGUCCUGUGAAAGCGACGCAUCUGAAGACUGAGUUGGUACUGAUGUUCCGUGGCUCUCACACGUAACGCUUCUCAGGGAGGGCUCAGGGAGACAAGGCGGACGGACGCACACGCCCGUCUUCACCUUGCGGCCUGGGAGCUUCUCCCCUUCGCCGUCAUCACCAGCGAUACCAGCAGUGAUAUUGAUCCCAGAAUGUCGUCUGUGGCCUGAGGCAGGCGACAGCUUCUUCUAAAGCAUCCCGGCAUAUGCCUGGGGUGAUGCCGCGCCAGGCCUGCAUGGAGCUGUGGGAGAGAAUGUUCCAGAAACGCCGGUGGGGGCCAGGCCUCGUGUGCUGCCGUGCGGAGGGAGCUGUGCGUGCUGGAGGCAGAGGGUGGCCUGCAGGUCCUGUCCCCGAGCUUGGGCUCUGGGCGAAGCCCGCCAGGAGGAGGCCCGACCGUAGUCACCCAGCAGCUCCUUUCCCACGCGGACUCGUCCUCCAAGCUGAGUCACCUGCAAAGGUAAAAACCACGCGCUGCUCUCCCGGCUUCCCUUGCAGCCGGCCCUGCCCUCCCACGUGGUCCAGGCCCACCAAUCAGAAGCCUCCCGUGAGCCUCUGCGCAGGAAGGGAGCCUGGAGGAAGAUGGCGUCGGGGACUGACGGAGUCGCCUAUCAGAGGCCGCGCUGUCCCCGGGGCACAGGGAGGGGCCGCAGCCCGGGGUCUGGUUGAGUGGCCUUCCGAGGCACUGAGGCCGAGUCUCUGCCCACGACAGGCUCCAGAGUGUCCCCACGUCACAGCUGCGGCCCAGCGUCGGCCUGCCCCGGAGCGUGUUGGAAAUGCGCGGGCUCAGACCCGCCCAGACCCGCGUGGGGCUCCGCGUGUCCGCCGGACGCAGCUCUGUGGCGUUACCGUGGACGUGAGACAGAAGGCCCAACUGGUGACUGUGCUCGUGUGUGUCCGCGUGAAACCGUCCCCACGGUCAGAACGACUGUUUCUCUGCCGGCGGGAACGGGGCUGCGCGUGUCUGCAGAGAGCGGGGCUUCUCCAGCCGCGGCCCCAACACACGGAGGUCACCAGGGUCCCACCGCUCCCUGUCCUCUGUGCCCCGGGCGAACUCAGGGCUGGCUGUGGGGCAGGAAGCCUGUCCCCGUGCAUCGUUCACAGGUGCCUGAGUCCCCAGAGGCAGCGAGAGGGAACACAAGAGUGGGAGGAGAAGCAGGCUUGCCGCAGAGCAGGGAGCCCGACGCAGGACUCGAUCCCAGGACACUGAGGUGUCACCUGAGCCGGAGGCAGACGCGUAACGACUGAGCCACAGGCGCGCGGGGACAGGCAGCUCUGUGAGUUUGUGCAUUUCCCUCGGAUGCAUUCUCCGACGUGGGAGCACUCAGUCAUUGGGUAAGUCUAGUUUUAAGUUUUGAGUAACUGCUUCCCGUAGUAGCUCUACCAUCUUACAGUCCCACCCACACACGCACGUUCCCUCCCUCUCCUGCAUACCUGUGCCCCCACUUGUUACCCCUUGUCAUCCGGAUCGUGGCUAUGCGAGCAGGUGUGAGGUGGUAUCUUUAAUCUGACGAGUGAUGUUGAACAUUUUUCAUG